AUGAAUCGAACAGUCUCUACACUGUCAUCUAUUGUUACUGAUGCAUCCGUGGAAAUACCAUCAAUAUCUAACAUCAUUAAUACCGAAUUACCUAUAUCGGACGUCUAUUAUUACACUCUGAAACUCAUUUUAUUAGAUUACAUCAAUGAACCGCGCUUUAGAGACACAGUUUUACAAUCGAAUAAAACAAUAACUUCAAGAGUUCUAUCUGACAAAACAAAUCAUCAACAAGUACAACAUGGAAAGAAAAUAUUGGUUGAUAAGCAAGACGACAUGUCAGAACGUGAUAUAGUACAAGCAACUUUACGGAUAAUGAAAGGAAAGUUGGCACAAUUAUCAGGUAAUAAGAGCUUGGCGCCGAAUGAGAUGCAUUGGAAAAGUAUUGUGAAAAUGUACUAUAGCAUACUUGAUUCUUCUAAUGCAGACACCUUUUUGAAGAUGAGUCAAAUGGAAGAAGUGGUUGGAUAUUUCACGAAUAUCGCCAGUAAUGAACUAAAAAAAAUGACCGUUGAGAAUUCACGUGAGGAAUUGUUCAGUGAAGUUGCUUUUUUUAUAGAUCUGAUAAUUGAUGUACUUCCAGAUAGUUGUGCAAAUAUUAUAAAGAGACUGCUUGAUUAUAAGAUUAAUAUCAAAAAAGGUGAGAAGACAGCAAAAAAAAAAAGAGUUACUUCCCCGGCAGCAGUUCCUCAAUAUAGAAGUAUUUCUGGCAGCACAAUCAAUGAUAAACAACCUUCUUUCAAAGUCCAAGAUAUCUCGCAUAUGAAGUACUUUAUGCAGUUGUUCGAAAUAGACGAAAAGAAACUUCAACAAGAUGUAAUAGCGGUUAAGGACGAUUCUACAAAUCCCAUUUUUUGCGGUGAACUAAGAUAUCUUAGAAAGAAAAUUAAGAAGGAUAAUGGUUUUUUGACUGCAUCUGAUUUUUCAAGUGACAGAGAUUAUAUUCUAUGGAAGAACUACGAACUUCUUGAAAUUGCCAACUUGAUGGAUCGAUUUGGAACUGGUGAAAAAGUAACCUCUCACGGAAAUCGUCUCAUACCUAAGGAUGCAAAAAGUGCAUUCGUCCGUCUCAUAAGCCUUGUUUUGAGAAAAGAAUGUUCUAAUACCAUAAACUCUAUAAAUCUUUCUCAAGAAGCUUUAUUUUUUUUUCAUAAAUCAGCGAGAUAUUGGAGGAUAGAAUAUCCUUCCACUAUAUCCUCCUUGAUAUAUUCGGCAGCAAAUUUAAGCAUUUUAGAAGAUGAAGAAAUCAAUAUUCCAAUAGCCGAGAAUUUGUUUUCUGUCAUUCGCAAUAAGUACCUGUGUUCAGAUGAUAAUCUUGAUCCAUCCGCCUGGAAUAUCCCGGAUCGCUAUUUAUGGGCAGCAAACCUUUUUCAUACUACAGAUCAAUCUAUGAGAACGAUAAAUAACCUUCUGACAGCGAUUUUUUCAAGUACGAAGCCGAAAUUCUCUCCUGUCUUGUCCUUUUAUUAUUCCAGUAUUGUUGAAGAUCCAGCAAUGGAAUUCUACGAGGUGCAGUACGUAGCCGUAAAGAAAUAUUGGAUCAAAGUAUUCAAGAAAACUCUUUUCAAGACAUCAGAGAAUUAUUUCGUCUCUCUUCUGCAAGACAUGCUAAAGGUUAACACAAUAGAAAUUCAAAGUGUUCAGAAUCUCGUAGAGACAAUCAUAGAUACCAUAAAAGCAAUUCAAAAACGUUACAGUAAACCUUUAUUGGAUGAAAUAUCCUUACCGAGGCAAUGCGCAAUAUUUUUAUGUGAAGUGUAUGGUUCAGAUUCCUUAAAACUAAUAAAAACUGCAGAAAAAAGUACUAUGAAAAAUAUUGGAGAAAGUUUCGGUCCGAUAGAUGCACUAGAUAUGUAUGAUGUAUUAAAAGAGCUAAGGCAGAUUUACAUGCAGGUGAAACCAAAAGGGAAAUUUUUUUUCAAUCUUGAAGAUUACUUUAUCAAAUACUUAACCCGAUUAUGCGAUGAUGUCAGCCGCAAUGUUCAGAAAGUCAUUAAAACUUCAAUUGAAAGUGAAAAUUGGGAGCCCAUAAAUGACCAAGAUCAUUUUAGUAGAUCUGUUUUGGAUAUAUUUAAAAUGAUAAAUGAAUCGAUUAGCAUGUUCGAAAAAUUUGGUUGGGAAAAUGAAUUUCAACUGGCACAAAUAACCACAGUGAUCCUGAAGGCUUUUUCGGAUGGCAUGCUUUCAUAUUCGACUCAAGUUAUGAGAUUAAUUCAGGCGGAUUUACAGGAGGGUGAUGAGCCGUCGUACUCUUUAGAAAGCUCAGACUCUCAAUCUUCACUUAUUCUUAGUGAUGUCAACCCAAAUCAUGAACGUUCAAGAAGUAGCAGGUUAUUUGAAGAUUUGAAGAAUGUAGUUAAAUCAACUCCGAAGGUGGUAGCGCCUGCUCCUUAUCAGUUCAAGAAGCGUACGUGUGUACUACUAAAUGAUCUUGAUAAGGCGCUUUUCCUCUUAGAAAACUUUGAAGAAAAAGCAGAUCCAUCAAGAAUAACAUCUAUUAUCUCUCAGUAUCAUUCCUCUCAUGAACCAGGUGAUAAUAGGAAAUCAUUCGAUGACCAGAAUAUGAAGCAAGUUUAUACUCUUAGGAUUAUUGGUGCCGAUAAUAUUAAAGGCUUUAGCAAGACAGGUCUUUCGAACUCUUAUGUUUCUGUAAGAAACAUUACUUUGCAACGGGAAAUAGGGACGACCAAGAUCGUCACAAGAUCAAUCGCUCCCAAAUGGGAUGAAGAGUUCGUGUUCGAAUCUCCGUUCGGGAAGUCAAACGAUAUUAUGUUCACUAUAUGGCACCAUCCACUCAGUAGAUUGAAAGGUUUAGCAGAAGACGAUUUAUGUGGAAAAGCUAACAUGAAAUUUAGUCCGAGAAAACUCAAGGAUGAUGGGUUUCCUAUCGACUUUUCUCUCACUUUGAGCCCACAGGGAACCCUAUACUGUCAAAUCUCCCUGGAAAGCGAGAGAAUAGACGCAGUUUCCUCUAUGGGAAGGAUAUAUAGAUCUUUCAGCAGGUCAAGAGAUCGUGCAGUAAAUUUGAUAGUCAAUAAAUUUUCUGACUUUAUUGCUUUUGCCUUUUCUAGAACCACAUUGAAAACAGUUUGCGGUCAUCACGGUACCACACUUGCAUCUAAUGAAACAGUAUAUGAUGCCAUUUUACCCCUAUUUGAUUAUUUAAAUGCAAAUUUGAACAUUUUGGCAUCAGAGCUUUCACAGAGAUUAUUGUUCAUGGUAAUGCUGAGAGCUUGGAACCUAGUUUUAGAGAAUGCUGAUUUACUCCUUUUACCUGCAUUGAAUAGCGCUAGAACUAAUAUAUUGCGCUCAGCAAAAAAAUCUAUCUGGGAAAAUACUAUUUCAAGUACAAAAAAGGUGUCAGGAUACGGUCGUCCUUUAACUCAAACAGAAAUUGAGGCUAUAUUUAAAUGGCUUGAUGCAUUAUGUGUAGAUUUUUUUCAUAACAAAGGAGAAGGCCCUCCACUCGCAGAGCUGAAGAAUGAGUAUUACCAGAAUAUACUACUAAUUCCGGCAUUUUAUGAUAAAAACGUGUCUGAAUUGAAGGACGAAAUUACGCGGUUGAUUCCUGUGUAUGAAGAGUAUUUGAAAUGGUUCUAUUUGAAAAAAACUCCUAUUACUUUUGCCAAUAAAUCCGCUGGAACAAUAUCUCGAAAAAAAUCUCUAGCAGCUAACAUAGUGAAAGAGCCUAAACAACAAUUGGAACGUGAUGCAGAAGUAAUGAAUAUUAUAUUAAGAAUUUUGAUUGCGAAAGGCCAACAUGAUUAUGUUCAUCGCAUUUUGCAUGAUAGGAAGGAUCUUGUUAAUACUAUGAAGAACAGGAGAGCUGUGAGUAAAGCUGUUAACUCUACAGUGAAAAAGAGCAGAAAUUAA